AUGUCCCCUAUUCCUCGGGGCGAUUUGGAUAUGGACAAUCAGUCCUCUGAUGUCGGCGACAGCCAGGACUCUCCGCUGCGCCGUCAAUUCUCCGAACCUUUCCGGCCACAAUCCACCUCCACUCAAAUCUCUCAAUCCCCUGAACCAUUCGCCCAGAGAGUCAAAUGUGAGUGGUGUGGUAAACUAUUGGAAAUUCCCGAAGAUGGUUCCGUCUCCGGCCAUGAACUACUCAAUUCUCACCACGCCACCCAUCAUCCUGAUGAACUCAAUGAAAUGGAUUAUGAUGGCCCCGAUGAUGGCAUGGAUGAAGAUGCCGAUGAGGUCGUCGAGGAUGGACUCGAUGAGGGCCUCGAAGAAGGCCUCGAAGAAGGUCUCGAAGAUGGUAACCUCGACGAAGAAGAGGAGGAAGAUGAAGAAGUCGAUGGAGAUGAUGAAGAAGAUCCAAAUGCCGAAAUUGACUUCAACGAUGAAGACGUCAACGGUAUUGCUCAGCCCGGAGAGGAAGAGCCCCUCGAGACAGCCCCUCCUUCGCCUGCCGGUCACCAAAGUGGAUCAAGUGGCCCAAGUGAGGGCGAGAAUACAACUUCCAAGACAUCCGAUGCCAAUGUCAAGGUCGCUCCGGCACCACAGACGAAAUAUGACCUUCUUGAAUUCUUGUCAAACCCCCGGAGCGCCUACCCAGAUGGCUUGCGUCAACGCUUAUCGGAAUGGCAGGCUUCAGAAAUGACAGAUCGACUUCCAAAAAUCUGGACAGUCAACGAUGUCAAUAACUUUUGCCCUACAUAUGAGCAAGACACCAACAAGAUCGAAGACGCUUGGCAGCAAGUCUUCCGCGAUGCUAAGCCAAAGAAGCGCGAUGCGCCGGAACCAAUUGCUCUGCCCGCCCCUUAUAAAAAUACCGAAGCCGAAGCCGGUAAAUUCCUCGAUAUUAACUCUCCCGAUGAACUGUUGAACAUCCUUCAAAAACCCGAGUUGCUCUCACCCGAAGAGCUGUAUGUGGCCUCCGAGGCUGCAUCGUUCAUGAUGAAGGCAUGGCAAGACGAGUACAUCGCUCUUGAUAAACUUUAUCUUCACGCCCACCGCCACUAUCGAACGUCGCUUUCAAUAGAUGCCAAGAGGGACUUCCUGACCGGCCACAAGAAGCGAAGUGGAUACCCGUUAGCCCGAGUGCCCGAAAAUAAAGUCGACUUUGAAGAAAAGAAAGAAGCCCUGUUGUAUGGCUACAAGCACAUCUACUUCCCCGUUAAUACGACCACGGCAGUCAGCCGGCUCCAACAGAAUCCUUUCGCUCAAGGCGGCUUCAUCCCGACUCCUGCGCAGGCAAGGAAGAUGAUUGCCCGAGCUCCACCCGAGGAGCGGAAUCCAGAUGGCUGGAACCCUGUGGUAAAAUUCGGCGUUGAAUUUGUCCCUAGACUUUGGGAGCCCCGAAAGGAGCCCACCGUCAAACUCACUCGCAAGCGCAAGGCCGUGGAAAUCGAUGCAUCGAAGAGUGACACCGAAGAGACACGAGAAAAUAGUCGCGAUGCAGAGGAGACAGAGGAGGAGGCUCAUCCUGUGAAACGACGCACCCGAGGUCGUGGGGGUCGGCGUACUACAUUUGAGGUCUUCCAGCCUGAAACUCCCACUGCUCCUGUUUCUCGUGGUCGUGGACGAGGCCGUGGGCGUGGGCGUGGACGAGGCGUGGGUCGCCCCUCCGCUUCCCGACAGUCCCUUGAUUCCAUGCAAACCCCAAUCGCAUACACCCCCACAUCUACGCGUGGCCGAGGAAAGAGAGGGGCUAGCUCGCUGGCGACGUCGACUCCUCAGAGUUCACACCCUGCGACUGAAGACGGAACUCCAUCUUUCACCGCGAUCUCCCCAAUGCCUGAGCCUACACCACCCAGCAAGCUUACACCAACUAUAAAGCGAGAUGCUACGCUAGAGGAACUCGAGGAGGCCCGUCGACAAAAGAUUAUGAACUCUAAGAACCCGAAACGAACCAAGGCGAUGCUCGAUCACUGGGAACGGUUCAAUAGAGAAGGCCGCAUUCGCAAUCCCAAGCGCUCCAAAGCGCAGAUCGAACAAGACCGAACGGAUGAUCCUCUGGGCCCAAAGGAAAUUCCACAUCCCGGUGCUGUUCCCGGUGCUGUUCCUGGCCCUGGUCCUAUUCCUGGUCCCGGUCCUGGUCCUGGUCGUCGUCGAAAAUCCCCUUCCAUCGCACAGAUUCCUAGUGGCAAUCUUGCACCGAAGGCUCCUCACCACUUGGGCCCAAUGCCCGGCCCGCAACAACACUUGGGUCCGCUCCCUGGACCUCCCCCCUGGACCAACACUGCCCUCGCUGGGAUUACCUCACUACGUUCCUCCCCAACAUUUCAACCCGCCGCCCGUGGGACUUGGUCAACCAAUGCCGACGCAUGCUCAAUAUGCGCCGUUCCCUUGGGUACCUUUCCAAGGUCACAUACCUGGACACCCGCCUCCUCCGGACCACCACCACCGCCGAUGACUUUAAAUAGGGGGGGUCUCGGGUGA